UUAAAGAAAAGGGAGGUGGGGGCAAAGAGGGAACGGGAAAAAAACGGUCAGUAGCAGAGAAAAUGGAGUCCGGGAGCUAACCACGGAGCCACUGUACAUCUCUCUCUCUCUGUGUGGGCGAAUGUGAUGUUUUCUCCUUCUUCUUUUGGGUGAACUUUUUUUGACCGGGUGAUGGUUUCUGUAGUUGGUGUGAAAAAGAAAGGGAGAAGAUUCCGAUAGCCGGGAGGGCUUUGCCUAUGAAGCUCUGGAGUUUUGGUUCCACACUCGUGUCGUGAAUUUCCUUUCGGUGAUGAAGGAGGAGGGGGGAGUGACGGCUGAGAAACUUGGAAUCGGUCGUUUCUGUGUUGGUGGAAAGAGAUCAGGUUCUGUACAGAAAUCUCUCAGUUCUUUGUAACGUGGAUCUGCUCGUGUUUUUCUUGUGAUUGAACGGUUUGCCAUUGAACCAAUCUGAAGCUUUUCAGUCGGAAGUUCGGGAGGCAAGAAAACAUCGGAGAAUCUUGAUUUUAAGCGUGUUGGUGUGUCGGACUGAAGAAGUCUGAGAUUUUCUUGCGUCAGUUAUUGUCAGGCUGGGGUUAACGGUAGUGGUUAAUACGUGUUCUGUUCCUUCACUAGAAGGAUUUUGGCUUCUCCUUGAAGUUUUCUAGAUGAGAGCAGAAGGAUUUUGGGGGUUACAACGAUUUGUUCAGUGUUUGGAAGGGGAAAUGCUUGAACUGCUAAUGAAUUUCUGAGUUUAGGCGUUUCUGUGUGCAGAGCUAUUCGACUGUCUCACUUCUCUGUUCAGGACCAGAUUUAGGUUGAAGAGAUCCCGUCUGUACACUGAGCUUCCGCGUCUUUGAUUUGAAGGCUCUUGGUUAAUUUGUUGAAUUUACGGCCGUAGAAGCUCCAGUGGACUACUCGCUCUACACGAAGCUAUUGGUUGACAAAACUUCUUGCGUUUUGGAUUGGUCACAUUCCCCUUUAUACUAGUUGAUUUGCUCUGAUAGAAGACAAAAUCUAAAUUAUUUGUUCGGAAAGGUGCAUCUGUGACAUGGCAAUAAAGCAAUAACCUGAUAGAAUGCAAGCUUUUCUUAGGUUUUGAAGCUAUAUUGGAUUCUUUGACAAUGAAGAGGCUCGACAACAGGACAAGCAUUGUCUCGACCGUUGCUGUUGAAUGUUAUUGUAGUUUUUUGGAGCGGUACCCCUUUGCGCUGUAAAAGUGCGUGAGGGAAUGCGUCAUUUCUUUCUCUUCCUCUCCUUUGAAGAGUUCUUUCUGUUGAUGCUGCCUUUUCUCUGUUGUCCUUUGGCUUCAAAGGAUAACCAUUUUCGAAAGUUGUGGCGGUCUGUAGGGGCGCUGCUGUUUUGUUGAGCUGGGUUGUUUGAGGGGCGAGAUUGUGAGGGGAGCAUUCAGGGAGGUGCCAUGAACACUAAUCUGCAUCUGAGGCGUGGGAAGCAGGAGAAAGGUCUGGAUGGUGCAGAGAAGGUUGUGGUCGCGGUGAAGGCGUCUAGGGAGAUACCGAAGACUGCCCUAGUCUGGGCUCUUAGCCACGUUGUUCAGCCUGGAGACUGCAUUACUUUCUUGGUGGUCGUCCCUGCACAUGGUUCAGGUAAAAGACUGUGGGGCUUCCCUAGAUUUUCCGGUGACUGCGCAACUGGUCAAAGACGGUUUCUGUUAGGAACUUCAGCAGAACAAAAAUGUGAGAUCACAGAUUUAUGCUCCCAGAUGAUGCUACAGCUUCAAGAUGUUUAUGAUCCAGAUAAGAUAAAUGUGAAGAUAAAGAUCAUCUCAGGAUCACCUUGUGGUGCUGUGGCUGCUGAAACAAAGAGAGCUCAAGCAAAUUGGGUCAUAUUGGACAAGCAGCUAAAACAGGAAGAAAAGCGUUGCCUGGAAGAGCUGCAAUGUAACAUUGUUGUUAUGAAACGAUCACAACCAAAAGUUCUUCGCCUCAAUCUUGUAGGAUCACCAAAGACAGAAGAUGACAUAUCUCAUGCUGUACCAUCUGAAUCUGAGUGCAAGAAUCCACCUAAAACUGCUGGUAAUCAAGCAAGAUCUAUACGAGCACCAGUUGCAACCCCAACAAGCAGCCCAGAGCUUGGGACUUCAUUCACCACUACUGAAGCUGGGACAGGGACCUCCUCUGUGUCGAGCUCUGACCCUGGAACUUCUCCCUUCUUGAUCUCCGAACCAAAGGUUGGAUUAGACCUGAAAAAAGGUGUAGCAUCAUGGAAUGCGAGUUUCUAUUUAGAUGAGGGCCAUGAAUUGGGAGAUGGGUUGAUUUGCUCAGAUUCAGAUAUCAUCAGCUCAAAUCCAACCACAAAUUUGGAUUUCCAACCAUGGACGCAACAACCUUUUGAGUCUUCUCACCAGUCCUCUCUAAAGCAUGAGAGUGCUUUUGUUAGAGUUAACCAUAAAACAAAAGCUGCUGCCACAAAAUCACUUCUUGAGAAGCUCACAAAGCUAGAGCUUGAUGCUGGAAUUGGAAAGAAAAACUAUCAGCCAGAUUCAAACUUCUCAUAUAAUGUUAGAGAAGCAAUUUCAUUAUCCAGAAAUGCUCCUCCAGGCCCUCCUCCACUUUGUUCAAUAUGUCAACACAAAUCACCAGUAUUCGGAAAGCCGCCCAGGUGGUUCAGUUAUGCAGAACUGGAGCUUGCAACUGGUGGAUUUUCACAGGCAAAUUUUCUAGCAGAAGGGGGAUUUGGGUCUGUUCAUAGGGGAAUUUUACCUGAUGGACAGGCUAUUGCUGUCAAGCAGCACAAACUUGCAAGUUCUCAAGGGGAUCUGGAGUUCUGUUCUGAGGUUGAGGUCCUUAGCUGUGCACAGCACCGCAAUGUUGUGAUGUUAAUUGGCUUCUGUGUGGAGGAUAGAAGAAGAUUGCUGGUUUAUGAGUAUAUCUGCAAUGGGUCGCUGGAUUAUCAUCUCUAUGGUAAUGACAAGGAGACAUUAGAAUGGCCAGCUAGACAAAAAAUUGCGGUUGGUGCUGCUCGUGGAUUGCGGUAUCUCCAUGAAGAAUGUCGAGUUGGCUGCAUUGUUCAUCGUGACAUGAGGCCAAACAAUAUUCUCAUUACACAUGAUUUUGAGCCAAUGGUAGGAGAUUUUGGCUUGGCCAGAUGGCAGCCAGAUGGUGAUAAAGGAGUGGAUACGCGAGUAAUCGGAACAUUUGGGUACCUAGCGCCAGAAUAUGCCCAAAGUGGCCAAAUUACAGAGAAAGCGGAUGUUUACUCCUUUGGAGUUGUCCUGAUAGAGCUUGUUACUGGACGGAAAGCUGUUGAUCUGAACCGCCCAAAAGGUCAACAAUGUCUGACGGAAUGGGCGCGGCCUUUGUUGGAAGAAUGCGCUAUUGAAGAAUUGGUGGAUCCACGUCUAGGACAUAGCUAUUCAGAACCUGAAGUUUUCUGCAUGCUGCAUGCUGCGUUGUUAUGCAUUCGAAGAGAUCCACACUCAAGGCCUCGUAUGUCUCAGGUUCUCCGUAUAUUAGAAGGUGAUGGAAUCAUGGAAACAAAUUUCCAGUCUACGCCGGCUUUUGAUGCGGUCUCGGUUGGAAGCAGAAGCGGGAGAAUGUGGAACGUGCAUCAGCAGUACAGUGGACCAAUUUUCAAUGAAACCACUUCUACGUCAAGCCUUAAUAUGCCAUACGAGUCAUUCAAAGGGGCUCUGUGGGAGCAUGAGAAAAUGAGGCGAGUUUCCUGUGAAGAUCUUUGAAGCUCAGUCCGACGACACUAGGGAUACCCCAUCAGUGCCCUUUUUGUUUCAGUUCAGCACCAAAGCAAACUGCAGGCGAUCCUCAGCACUCUGUUUGCUGCCCGAAAUGGUGACGACUGUGCCCACGAAGGUCUCUGCAGAUAGGUCCUGUUCUUAGAUGUAAAUUUCAGAAGUCAAUCGCACAUGCACGUUCAGUCAUGUAAGUAAGCUGUAAUUCAGUUUCCAUUUUGAGUAAAGGUGUAAUCAGUUAUCCUCUUAGUUUCA